UUGUCUUUCUCUUUUCUUGCUGUUCUUUGUCCCUCUCUUUUCUCUCUCUCUCUCUCCUCUUUGCUCUCCCCAUCACCUCUGGCUGGAGUUUGACAUUCUUGCAUAGAUAGACACAAGACCACCACCAAUUGACUACUUUCCUCUUAGGCAUCUUAUUUUCAACCAACACUUGCCCCUACCAUUGCCGAAAAUGGAAUAAUUGAAGAUGGACGGCCAAAAUGCUUUUUCUUCGAUUCUUGUGUUUAUGGAGAUGGUAGAGGCUGGGGGUGGUCAGAAUGAUGCCCAAGAGAAGAGGAGUCGAUUGGUGGUGGUAUUGCGUCCAUCUAACGUUGGGAAUACAGGAGUCCAGGCAGGUCUUCUUCUCAGGUCGCAUUCUCCCCUUUUUGCUCCAAAUCAACACUACUGGGUGUUGUGAGGGCUGGGGGAGGGUUGAUGGAGGGUAGGGAGGUGGUGCCACCUUCAUCAAACAUUGGGACACCUGAAUCUGACUGAUUCUUCUUUGCGGGUCGCUAUUAGUAUUCGUCUCUUUGCGCUGAUGGUUUACUCCAAAUCAAUGCCACUAUGCAUUUCUGGAUUCAAAGGAGGGUCUCUGGAGGGUGAGGAGUUGGUGUCAAUGUUGGUGGGGCUGGGUGGCAGUGGUGAAAGAGCAGGCCGAAGGGAAAGUGGAGAGGCCGAGAGGGGUAGAGAAGAGAGAGAAAAGAGAAGGGCAGUGUGUGUACUGUGUAGGUGGAAGGAUAGUAAGGUGCUAUCAGAUGAUAAAAAGAGGGCUCUGUACGAUCAGUAUGGUGAAGCUGGAGUUAAGAGUACAGUAGGCGGAGCAUCAAGUUCUUAUACGACAAAUCCUUUUGAUCUAUUUGAGACAUUCUUUGGGCCAACCAUGGGUGGUUUUCCUGGCAUGGAAACUGGGUUCAGGACACGCCGCCGAAGUACUGUUACAAAGGGUGAAGACAUACGUUAUGACAUCACUUUAGAAUUUUCGGAGGCUAUAUUUGGAUCUGAAAAGGACUUUGAGCUUUCACAUCUGGAAACUUGUGAAGUUUGUGCUGGUACUGGAGCAAAGAUAGGCUCCAAAAUGAGGAUAUGCUCAACAUGUGGUGGCAGGGGUCAAGUUAUGAGAAUUGAGCAAACACCCUUCGGCUUGUUCUCACAGGUUUCUGUGUGUCCCAAUUGUGGUGGGGAAGGUGAGGUCAUUUCUGAAUACUGUCGAAAAUGCUCUGGUGAAGGGCGUAUUCGUGUUAGGAAAAAUAUCAAAGUCAAAGUCCCUCCUGGAGUUGGCACUGGCAGUAUUCUCAGAGUUGCUGGAGAAGGUGAUGCAGGACCAAGAGGUGGUCCUCCAGGAGAUCUUUAUGCUUAUCUGGAUGUUGAGGAGAUAGCUGGAAUCCAAAGAGAUGGCAUAAAUCUCAAGUCAACAAUAUCUAUCAGUUAUCUUGAUGCAAUUCUGGGGGCAGUAGUUAAGGUAAAUACAGUUGAAGGAGUAAGUGAACUUAAGAUUCCAGCAGGUAUUCAACCUGGAGAGGUGCUAGUCCUGGCAAAGAAAGGUGCACCUAAACUGAAUAAACCAUCUAUACGCGGUGAUCACUUAUUUACAAUUAAUAUUACUAUACCAAAUCGUAUAAGUACCAAAGAACGUGAGUUACUUGAAGAACUUGCUUCUCUGAGUGAUACUAGCAGCACUCGAUCACGAACUCACUCCAGAACUCAACCUGCAAAAAGUCGGCUGGAAACCGAUGCUGAGAAGAGUGAGGAAUCAGGGCGCCAAAAUGAUGUAUGGCAGAAGUUAAAAGAUUUUGCUGGGUCUGUUGCUAAGGGAGCUCUGAAAUGGGUAAAAGAUAACCUCUGAGAUUGAAGCCUUCUAUAGGUUGCCUUUUCACAUCCGAAGUCUCUGAAAUUAGCCACUAGAUUUUUUGUACUCAAUACAUGUUCCUAAGGACCAAGCCAUUGUUUACUUGGAUUGCUUUGAUUGAUAUUUCUCGGCAUUGUGGAGAAGAAAAUUCAAUGGCACCCCAGCGGAGAUUCUUUCAUUUUUCCCCGUAAAUUUACGUGUAUUUGCAAGCUACUACAUAUUAAUCUUAUCCUGAGUAGUGUAUGAGCAGUUUAGAGCAUCAACUGCGAGUACAUGUAAGCAAUAUUUGAGGACUGUAUAUUUGAUUUUGUAAUUUAUGAAGUUAGCGAGCCGCAAAAGCUUGAGCUUCUUUCA